AUGAAUUCCGUCCCAUUUUACACUCUAUUAGCAGAUCCUUGGAUACGCCACAGAUACAGCCAGAGCUGCAUAAGCCAAAGAAACAUAGAGAAACUAAACUUUCAACAAGACAGGCGUAAAUUUGCAGCUUUCAGCUACCAGGAAAACAAAAAGACGAUUUACUCAAUCUUAUUAGGGCUCGUCGAAAUCGACCUCCUCGAGAGCAAGCUCCAUUUCUCGUUACGAAACCUCCCGAAAGCGAAAGCCUCGCUGACCGCGGCCCGCACGGCAGCGAACGCGAUCUACGUGCCUCCAGCUCAGCAGGGAACGAUCGACUUGCAGAGCGGGAUCCUCCACGCAGAGGAAAAGGACUACAAGACGGCUUACAGCUACUUUUUCGAGGCUUUCGAGGCUUUCAACGCCCUCGAGGACCCGCAGGCCAUCUACAGCCUCAAGUACAUGCUGCUGUGCAAGAUCAUGGUGGGCCAGGCUGAUGACGUGGCGGGGAUCAUAUCGUCACCAAAGGUGGGGUUGCAGUAUCAGGGGCCUGAGCUGGACGCUAUGAAGGCUGUGGCCGGGGCCCACGCCAAGCGUUCGCUGAAGCUCUUUGAAACGGCCUUGCGUGAUUUCAGGUGCCAGCUGGAUGAGGACCCGAUCGUUCACAGGCACCUCUCGUCGCUGUACGAUACACUUCUUGAGCAGAACCUGUGCAGGCUGAUCGAGCCCUUCUCGAGAGUGGAGAUUGCACACGUGGCUGAGCUGAUUGAGCUGUCAGGUCAGCAUGUGGAGAAGAAGCUGUCGCAGAUGAUCCUGGACAAGAAGUUUGCGGGUACCCUGGACCAGGGGGCAGGGUGUUUGAUCAUACUUGAUGAUCCGAAGACGGACGAGAUUUAUCCGGCGACUUUGGAGACGAUCGCGAACAUGGAGAAGGUCGUGGACAGUCUUUAUGCAAGGUCGGCUAAAAUAAUGGCUUGA